UUAUUUUUUUAGGUAUCCAUUAGUGUCCUAACCAUCCUAUGUUUUCAUUAGAAACUGGUCAAAUGUUCUUCAUGUUUUUCUAAAAAUGAACAUUUUAACUUAUUGUAAAUAGUUUUAUUGAUAUUCCAAAUUAUGAAUCAAGAAGUAGAGGACCAAAUACGUAAAAAUGUACCGUGGGCGAAGCUUCCCAGUCAUGCAAAACAGAUUUUACACAAUUCUGUGAAGAAUUAUGAGAGGGCCAUCAUUAAUUUUAGUAUACAGAAUCAGUUGAGGUAUCGUGGUAACUUAGUGAAACAAGUGCUAAGAGAUGAAAAAAGAUACUAUGAAAGGGUGGUGUGCUUUAGCCGAGAGAGGCUUAUGCUCUUUCCCUAUCACUUGGCUGACAUGAUCGUUAAAGGCCUAAGGAUAACCCCAUUUAAUUACUAUAUAUCUGUUCUCGAAAGGCUGAUGCAAGCUGAGAAAAGCUAUGAUACAUUACCUAACUUUACUGCUGCAGAUUGCUUAAGGUUGUUGGGCAUAGGAAGGAAUGAAUAUAUAGAUUUGAUUAACAAGUCAAGAUCGAAUAGAAGUAGGUUAUUCGGAAAGAAAAAUGUCAGAGGGUUAUUGCCUAAAGUGCCAGUUAACAUUCAUAUUGAGCCCUGGUGGAGAGUUGAGGUGGGACUGGUUCUUGAAGAAGAUAUAAAGAUGGUAAAUGAAGAAGAACUGGAAGUAAUCGAUAAAUUAAUAGAUUACGGCUCGCAAAACGCAGGAGAUUUGGAUUAUGAUAUCGUUUUAAGUUUAUACAAGAAGGGUUUAAUUUACUUGGACGUGCCAAUAACAGCAGUAGAUAAAGUGCAAGUGCCGCCCCUGCAAGGGUUCGUUAUGAACAGAAUUCUUGGAGAUUAUUUUGAGACACUAUUGUAUAAAAUUUUUGUGUCCAUUGAUGAACACACAACUGUAGGAGAACUUGCAACAGUGUUGGAGGUGGAUACGGAACUGGUAAAACAGGCGGUAUCCUUGUAUUGUCGCCUUCAGUUUGCCAAAAAAAUCGAUCCAGAAACCGAACAUGAAAAAGCCAGAAGGCAUCCCUCUUGGUUUAGCAGACCCACAUUGAAUGAAAGACUCUCCGUAGAUGUGACUCCUUUGACUUUACCGCUAUUGACGCCGGAUUUAUCUUCACCACCCUCCACUCCGGUAACAGAAAAUAACCCUUUAUCGGACAGUCCCAACGGAUCUUCGACACGCAAUAAUCCAGGCGGUUUAAGGGUGGCAUUUCUAUUCGAUUCCGCCCUUACGGCCUUUUUAAUGAUGGGCAACUUGUCACCCGGACUGAAACGCCACGCGGUGACAAUGUUUGAGGUGGGCAAACUGCAGUCUGAAAGUUUGGACAGUUUUCUCGCUGAACUGGAAAAGGUUUCCGCUAUAGACGCGGACGGUGAAGGCGAAGCGAGGAGAUUUUUUGACCAUGCCGUUAUUUUAAGAUCAACGAUAUUGGCACUAAGGAAACUUCCAGGACCCGGUCUAGAUCUAAUACGUUUGGAAAGCCUUAAUUCGUUAGACGAGGCGACCUGCCAGCGGCUGCUAAAAAAAAAGUAUCGGCUUUUGAUUGCGAUGUCACCAAUCGGAAGAGAUGUUAGAAUUUCACCAUUAUCUUCAAUGCCUCCUCCAUUGUUGGGUCCAUGUCAUCCGGAGGUAAAUAGUCUUUGGUUCAGGUUGUUUUUAUAUUUCACAACUGGUUAUGGGCCACCGAGUUUACUUUUAGCGAAAGGAACUGAAAUAAAGAAACUACCCAGGAUGUUCCUGGGUUUUUCCAGACUUUUGGUGACUUCUUGGCUGCAUGAGCCAGCUGUAAUUCCUAUAAGCAACAUACUUUAUGUUAACGCCACCCUACAGUUUGCCCCAGUAUUAAUUCAAGGUUAUGGUGUAAAUGACACAGCAGAAACGAAGAUUGUUGCAUUUCCUUUUAAAACUAAUUUAAAAGCAUCCAAAACGAUGGGAAAACCUUUCCAGGAAGUGGAAUCGCCCCUUUUAAAACACCCGGCGCUCAUGAGUCUACACGACUUAUUAGAUUUUGAUCAUACAUGCGGAUAUGUUACUUUUGCAAACGUCGGAGUACUGGAUUUUGGGCGACCGCAAGGUGAAACGACUCAGGUGCGAUUAAAAGGCAGUAAAACAAACACUGACAGUGUGAAGGCGGCUUUAAGCGGCCCCACUAGCAUUUCUAACGAAAACUUUCAAUUUGAGAAAAAAGAAGGUGAUGUCUUAAAGUUACGAUCCCCCGUCGAAUCCCAUUUUGCAAUCACUCCGAUUGAAAAUGUUAGUCAAAGAUCUUCUCCGAUCAACGGCUUUAUCAGUCAAGACUGUACUGCCCUACUGCAAGAAGAACUAGACCGAAUAGGAAUUCAAGAAGACGAAUCUGUGGAGCCAAAUGUUAAUCAUUCUUCCACCGAACAACUCUUAAGUCCUAGCGAAGAAAAUGUCGGAAUUUUCAGCAGAAUUGAAGAAGAUAUUCCUGAUGGUGACGAGACUAUAAUUAGCAAAGAGGAUAAUACUACGUUACAAAACUGGACGAUUCUAGACUGUCACUUUGGCAUACCCCUCUUUGACCCAGACGCUAAUACAAAAAUAUGCGAUGCAAUCGUCUCGGGAGGGCUAGCCGAAACUGAAAGUUUAGAACAAUUAAUGAAUUCGACUAAGAAACUCGGCGCAGCCCUUUUAGAUUUUAUUUCGCAAUGUCAGUAUCUGCCUGUUGAAAACAUGGAGAUAAUGAAACGGGGUAAAUUGGUACCGAUGCCAAGGAGAAACUUGGUGUUUGAUAACGGAAGGAUCAGUGAGUGGAGCGGCAAGUAAUUCCUGAUGGCAUUUAAAGUAAUAAACUUAAUGCAUUUUCUAAAGCGAUUAAGAAAAUCGUUACACUUGUUAUCAUUCCUUAAAUAAGUAUUAUUUUUUCGAAAAUGUUAUAUUUGUCUGUUUUAAUUAGCACUUUUUAGAUUGUUUGAUUUAUAUUUUAAUAGAACUAUAUUUAUCAAAAUGUUACACCUACGCAAUAAUAUUAAUUUCUUUUUUCUUCUUUGCUGUGACUCGUACUUAUUUUGGUAUACUUAUACUUUUUUCGAGACUAAUUUCGUUAAUUUUACAAAUUUAGUUUAUACAAUACAAUUUAUGACUUUGUAGAUUGCGUAAUUACAUCAUAUUUCUACAAAUAUUUGUUAAAAACUGCUGUUUUUUUAUAAUUGAAUAGAAUACAGAGUUUAUAUGUUA